AUGGACACGCUAGUGGAAUUCCUUAUUGUCCACAACUUCCGACUUUUGGCGCCGCCGAUCAAUGGGCGUGUGUCGGUGAUCCUGAGGGCUUAUGAGGACUGGGGGGGACGCGACUUUAGCGACGAGCUUCGCCGUUUAUUUGUUUGGUUCCCGCAGGCGGUGGUGGUGGAAUACGACGUUAUCGUGUGGCUUGACGUCCCCGCUCUCGUCCACGUUCAUCGAAAAAACAAACACGUCGAUUACACUCCACGGAUAGCCGAGCCCAUAAUUCCAACUACGCUUUUGGGCCACUUCCAAAAUGAACCAGCGCCGUACGAUGUCACCCCCGAAACUGGUGGUGACGACCAGGUGAUGGCCAGCGCGUUUGUCGUAGACUUUGCUAGCUUUCACUGCCAGCUCAUGGUGCCGGUGGCGACGCUGCAGCUCCAAAAAAUGGUAACGACGGGUGAAAGCCGUACCAAGCCGUUCUACGGCGUUUGCCAGGACCAAUCUCACCAACACAAACUUGGCCAGGUGUUAUUAGCCCUGUCGGCAAAGUCGGUGCUGCUGGUAGCUUUCCACAAACUAGUAGCUAAAUCAAGCUUGAUCUCAACUGACAUAACCGAGUGUUUGCAAACUUACACUCAUUAUGUUCCCAUUGUCAAUCUGGCCACCGACCCUCUGUUAGGCGACUGCCUGUACUUGGAUGGAUGCCAUAAAAAGGACACCUGUCGCUACAUUCACUACUUGACGGUGGACCCCCUCUACCCGCCCCCGGAUACGAAACAGUUCCCGCUACCCGAUUACGACACUGGCACCUUGCUCCGUCAUCACUCGCACAGGGUCCCUCCCCAAUGGGUGUGUUGUGAUCUUCGGUAUAUACCUUUCGACAUUUUUGGGAAGUACGCCGCGAUUAUCGCCGAUCCCGCAUGGAAAAUUCAUGUUAAUGCAACUAAAGAUGCAUCACUGGAUGAAGAAUUUGGCCACUUGGACAUUCCUAAACUCCAGGAUGAAGGCGUGCUUAUGGUGUGGAGUACCGCCCGCACCCUCGAGCGGGCUCGAGAUGUCAUGCGCAAAUGGGGCUACCAAGUGAAUGAUGAAGUGCUCUGGAUUAAAGUGAAUCAACUAAAGCGAACGAUUGUUACUGGCCGCACUGGCCAUUGGUUGAAUCAUUCGAAGGAGCACUUAGUGGUGGGGGUUAAAGGCCGUCCGCGAUGGUUGAGACGACAGAUCGACCUAGACUACGUGGUAUCAAAUUGUCGAGAAACCUCCCGCAAGCCCGACGAGAUUUACGACAUCGUUGAACGCAUGGUGGGGCCCCACGCUCGUAAACUUGAGCUUUUUGGUCGAACUCAUAACACUCGGCCGGGAUGGAUGACGUUGGGCGGGCAAUUGCUGGGUCAUCACAUUGAAGAGCCCGAAGUGAAACACAAAUACGACCAGUAUGCCGCUCAGCGGAACCCUCGGGGCCUUAACGUCAGUGAGUUUGCCGACCAACGUCGUCCCUCCCGCAAAAAGAAAAAUAACCGUUGA